AGGAGGAGGCGGCGGCCGGCGUGGGGUGAAGCGGGAUGGCCAAGGAGGCCCCGGAGGGCCCGGACCGGGCGGCGCGGGGCUGACCGUCCGGGAGGCCCGGACCCACGGCCGACCAUGACCGUGUUCAGGCAGGAGAACGUGGACGACUACUACAACACCGGCGAGGAGCUCGGCAGCGGGCAGUUUGCGGUGGUGAAGAGGUGCCGGGAGCGGAGCACGGGCGUCCAGUUCGCCGCCAAGUUCAUCCGGAAGCGGCGGAGCCGGUCGAGCCGGCGGGGGGUGAGCCGCGAGGACAUCGAGCGCGAGGUGGCCAUCCUUCGCCAGAUCCGCCACCCCAACCUGGUCGCCCUGCACGACGUCUACGAGACCGGCAGCGACGUCGUCCUCAUCCUCGAGCUCGUGGCGGGCGGGGAACUCUUCGACUUCCUGGCGGAGAAGGAGUCUCUGAGCGAGGAGGAGGCCACGGAAUUCCUGAAGCAGAUCCUGAACGGCGUCGACUACCUCCACUCCCUACACAUCGCCCAUUUCGACCUCAAGCCCGAAAACAUAAUGUUACUGGACAGGAACGUGCCCAAGCCUCGGAUCAAGAUCAUCGACUUCGGCCUCGCCCACAAAAUCGACUUCGGGAACGAAUUCAAAAACAUCUUCGGGACGCCGGAAUUUGUGGCUCCGGAAAUAGUCAACUACGAGGCGCUCGGGCUGGAAGCUGAUAUGUGGAGUAUUGGCGUGAUAACGUAUAUUCUUCUGAGUGGGGCCUCCCCGUUCCUCGGGGACACGAAGCAGGAGACGCUAGCCAACGUGUCCGCGGUCAACUACGAAUUUGAGGAAGAAUUCUUCAACGGCACCAGCGCCCUGGCCAAAGAUUUCAUCAGGAGGCUUCUCGUCAAGGACCCCAAGAAGAGAAUGACGAUCCAAGAUAGUUUGCAGCAUCCCUGGAUCAAGCCUAAAGACACGCAACAGGAGCUGAGCAGGAAGGCAUCGGCCGUUAACAUGGAGAAGUUCAAGAAGUUCGCUGCCCGGAAGAAGUGGAAGCAAUCGGUGCGCCUCAUCUCCCUGUGCCAGAGGCUCUCGCGGUCCUUCCUCUCCCGCAGCAACACGAGCAUCGCCCGCAGCGACGACGCGCUGGACGAGGAAGACUCCUUCGUGAUGAAGGCCAUCGUGCACGCCAUCAACGACGACAACGUGCCGGGCCUGCGGCACCUCCUGGGCUCUCUGACCAAUUACGACGUCAACCAGCCCAACAAGCACGGGACGCCUCCGCUGUUGAUCGCGGCGGGAUGCGGGAACGUCCAGAUGUUGCAGCUGCUCAUCGCCCGCGGCUCCCGGGUGGACGUCCGGGACAAGGCGGGGUCCAACGCGGUGUACUGGGCGUCCCGCCACGGCCACGUCGCCACCCUCAAAUUCCUCAGCGACAACAAGUGCCCGCUGGACGUGAAGGACAAGUCGGGGGAGACGGCGCUUCACGUGGCGGCGCGCUACGGCCACGCGGACGUCGUCCAGCUCCUGUGCCGCGCCGGGGCCGACCCGGACAUCCAGGACCAGGAGGAAGAGACCCCCCUGCACUGUGCGGCCUGGCACGGCUACCGGCCCGUGGCCGAGGCGCUGUGCCGGGCCGGCUGCGACCCCGACGUCCGCAACCGCGACGGCGAGAGCCCGCUCCUCACCGCCGCCGCGCGCGGCCACCGCGACAUCGUCCGCUGCCUCGCCCGCCACGGCGCCCGGCUGGACGUCGCCGACAAGGAGGGCCACGUGGCCCUGCACCUGGCCGUGCGGCGCUGCCAGACGGAGGUGGUGAGGACGCUGCUGCUGCUGGCCUCGACGGGGCGGGGCCGGGAGCGGGGCUGCGGCCUGGACGCCCCCGACCUGCACGGCGACACCCCGCUGCACGUGGCCUGCAAGGACGGACACCUGCCCAUCGUCGCCGCCCUCUGCGACGCCCGCUGCCGACGCGACCCCGCCAACCAGGAUGGACGCACCCCGCUGCACGUGGCCGCCGGCAACGGCCUCCUCCCGGUGGUCCGCCAUCUCUGCCUCUGCGGGGUCGACGUGGAAGCCUGCACCCCGGAGGGGAAGACGGCCGAGGAGCUGGCCCGGGACCGGGGCCACGAGCCGGUGGCCGCUCUGCUGGCCAGGCUGAGGAAGGAGAGCCAGCGGACGGCGUUCGCCCAGCAGCUGCGUCCGGGCCCCACCGCGCAGCCCCGCAUCAAGCUGAAGCUCUUCGGCCCGUCGGGCGCCGGCAAGUCCGCCCUGGUGGACUCCCUCAAGUGCGGCCUCUUGCGCGGCCUCUUCCGCCGCCGCCGGGCCAGGCCGCCCGCCCAGGCCGCCGCCGCCCGAGGCCCGCCUUCGCCCCCGGCCUCCAAGCCCGCAGGGUCGGCGGGCGCGUCCGGCCUGUACGCGGGCUGCGAGAACGUGAGCGUGCGGAGCCGCAGCCUGGUGUUCGAGCCGGGGCUGACCCGCGGCGUCCCGGAGGGGCCCCCGUCCCCCGCCCGCCCCCCCGCCCCCCAGGACCAGGCCACCAGGGCCAUCGACGUCCAGAACGCCUACCUCAACGGGGUGGGCGACUUCAGCGUGUGGGAGUUCUCCGGCCGGCCCGUGUACUUCUGCUGCUACGACCACUUCGCGGCCGACGACCCGUCCUCCGUCCACCUGGUGCUGUUCAGCCUGGAGGAGCCCUACGAGACCCAGCUCAACCAGCUCAUCUUCUGGCUCGGCUGCCUCAAGGCCCUCGUGCCCGUCGAGGAGCCCAUAGCUUUUGGUGGGCGGCUGAAGACCCCCCUGCAGGUGGUUCUGGUGGCCACCCACGCCGACCUGGUGAGCCUGCCCCGCCCCGCGGGGGCCGAGUUCGGCUACGACAAAGACGCGUCCCUACUGAGGGAGAUCCGAAACAGGUUUGGGAAUGACCUGCAGAUCUCGGAGAAGCUGUUCGUGUUGGAUGCCGGGGCCUCGGGCUCCAGGGACAUGAAGGCCUUCCGCAGCCACCUGCAGGAAAUCCGCAGCCGGAUCAUCGCGGGCCGGCCCCCGAUGACGCCGCUCGGCGAGAAGAUCCUCUCCAGCCUCCCGUCGUGGCGGAAGCAGAGGGGCCCCAACCAGCUGGUGCCCAUGGAGCAGUUCGUCCGCGACGUCCAGGACCAGCUCAACCCGCUGGCCGGCGAGGCGGCCGUGAGGGCCAUCGUGCAACAGCUGCACAGCAUCGGAGAGGUGCACGUGCUGCGGAGCGGGCCGGCCCGGGACGUGCUGGUGCUGGACCCGCGCUGGCUGUGCUCCUACGCCCUGGGCGGGCUGCUGUCGGCCGAGAGCCCGCGGGCCCUGCCCCAGUACCGCGGCCGCUACAGCCUGGAGGACGUCCAGCGCCUGCUGCCCGACAGCGACGCCGACCAGCUGCUGCGGGUCCUGGACGCCAUGGACGUCUGCGCCCGCGACCCCGCCUCGGCCGGGGCCAUGGUGGACAUCCCCGCCCUCAUCAAGGCCGACGGGCCGGGCUGCCGCUGGACCGACGACGAGGAGGAGGACGAGGAGGAGGAGGAGGAGGACGGGGACGAGGAGGACGGGGACGACCGAGGCCGGGGGCUGGUGUACGGCGGCGUCCGUGUGGUUCCCGUGGAGCACCUGACGCCCUUUCCCUGCGGCCUGUUCCACAAGGUCCAGGUGGGCCUGUGCCGCUGGGCCCGGCGCCAGGGCGGCCGGGCGGACGUGCGCCUGUGGCCCGACGGGGCCCGCCUGGCCCGGGCCGGGGCCGAGCUGCUGGUCCUCCUGGUCCACCAGGGCCAGGGCCUGGAGGUGCGGGCCCGCGGGCCCCGGGCCGGCCGGGCCCGCUGCUGUCGCCUCCUGGACGCGGCGUGCGGGGCCGUGGACGGGGCCCUGGCGGCGGCGCUGCCCGGCCUGCUCACGGUGCGGCACUACCUGAGCCCCCGGCAGCUGCGACGUUGGCGCGGGCCCGUCAUGGCCUACCAGCCGCGGGACUUCGCCCGCGCCCGGGCCCUGCGCGAGACGGCCCUCACCAACCCCGUGGCCGGCUACCGCGAGAGCUUCUGCAGCGUCACGUGCUUCGGCUGCCCCGACCUCUUCGCCCGCGGCCGCCUGGGCCUGGACGUGCCCGCCCGCGAGCUGGGCCCGCUCACCCGGCGCCGGCUCUGCCGCCUGCUCGACCCCCCCGACCCGCUGGGCAAGGACUGGUGCCUGCUGGCCAUCAACCUGGGCCUGCCGGACCUGGUGGCCGAGUUCGGCGGCGGCGGCGACCGCCCCCCGGACCCGGGCCCCGGCCCGCCGCCCAGCCCCGCCCACGCGCUGCUGGUCCGCUGGGGCCGCGACCCGGCCAGCACCGUGGGGCUCCUGGUGGCCAAGCUGCGGGAGCUGGGCCGCCGCGACGCCGCCGACUUCCUCCUGCGGGCCGCCGCCGCCUUCCGCCCCGGCCGGGGGCCCGACGGCCCCGACGCCGCGGAUGGGCCGGACGGGAACGACGCCCCCGCCUCCCACGCCUCCGUCGGCUCCGUCGUGUCCCGGUGAGGGACGGCCCGCCGGCGGGACCCGGGUCGGGGGCCGGCGCUCUCUCCCGGGGCCUCUCCGACCCGCGGGAGGCACGGGGAGA